UUCUUCUCCCUCUCGCACUCAGCAAACUCGGGUGAUGUGGAGACUGUCCUGCAGCUAAUCCGGCAGGGCGCAGACAUCAACAAGUCAAACUACGACAAAAGGACCGUGCUGCACAUGGCGUGUGCGGAAGGAAACUAUCGGAUGGUUGAGAUCCUCCUCAACAAUGGAGCUGAGAAAGACCUCAAGGAUAGAUGGGGUCAGACGCCUCUCCAGACGGCCAUCAACCACAAGCAGCUCAUGAUCGUUGGGCUGUUGACGCAGUGGAAGGCGAGU